AAAGAGCCGGGGAGGGAGGGGGAUGAGAUUUUCUCGCUGCCCAAUCCCCCUGUUCCCCCGGGAGCGAGCAGCCUCCCGCGCUCCGUCCCUCCCUCUUGUUUGCUAAUCAUUUCAUUUUACUCCUUUUUGAAGCGGUGGCUUGUUUUUUUAUCCCACUUUUCAUUUCUCCACAAUCCGCGGCUGCUCGCCUCCCUCUGAUCCCGCUCUCCACGCUGCGUUCUCCCGGCGUCAGGCUCUGGAUCCCGGUGAUUCUCGCCUCUCUGACUCUCCCCCCUCACUCUCUCUCUCUCUCUCCCUCUCCCUCUCUCCCUCUCUCCACCUUUCUCUGCCGGCUCCUCGGAGAUGCUCUCCCCGCUCUCCGCUCCUCUCUCCGCCCUCUUUUAACUUCACAGAGCCGCCGGUUUUCUAAAGCGCAGAGUGCUGCGGAGCCGCGGCUGGGAUCUAAAACCACCCCGCAGAAACCCAGGGGGAUCCCGGACUCUUCUUUGGACCAGGACCCUGCACUUUGGGGAAGCGUGUCCUCCACCCCUCCUGCUCCACUCCCUCCGCAUCGCUCCUCUUUUUCUCCACCUUAAUCCAGGUGGUCCUUUGGCUUUUUUUUUUGGAGUGUUGGGUACAAGGAGGAUUAUUCGUCUUCUUUCUUGUUUCUGGUGAAGACAAAGCUCCCAGAAGGACACUUUGAUGUUCUCCAUCCAGGACAGCCUCCCCCGGGGGGCCCUGACCAUGAAGGAGGAGCCGCUCCCCACCGGCAUGACCCCGGUCCGCUCCUGGAUGCAGGGCGCGGGGAUUUUGGACGCCAACACAGCGGCCCAGAGCGGCGUCGGCUUGGCCCGCGCUCACUUCGAGAAGCAGCCGCCCUCCAACCUGCGCAAGUCCAACUUCUUCCACUUCGUGCUGGCGCUGUACGACCGGCAGGGCCAGCCGGUGGAGAUCGAGAGGACGUCCUACGUGGACUUUGUGGAGAAGGACAAGGAGUACAACGGUGAGAAGACCAACAACGGGAUCCACUACAGGCUACAGCUCCUCUACAGCAACGGCAUCAGGACAGAACAGGACCUUUUUGUGCGUCUGAUCGACUCCAUGACCAAACAGCCCAUCCUCUACGAAGGUCAGGACAAGAACCCGGAGAUGUGUCGCGUCCUCCUCACCCACGAGAUCAUGUGCAGUCGGUGUUGUGACAAGAAAAGCUGCGGGAAUCGCAACGAGACGCCCUCCGACCCCGUCAUCAUCGACAGAUUCUUCCUCAAGUUUUUCCUCAAGUGCAAUCAGAACUGUUUGAAAAAUGCAGGAAACCCACGAGACAUGAGGAGGUUCCAGGUGGUGGUCUCCACUACGGUCAACGUUGACGGGCACGUGCUGUCGGUGUCAGACAACAUGUUCGUCCACAACAACUCCAAACAUGGCCGCCGCGCACGGCGCCUGGACCCCUCUGAAGCCACGCCCUGCAUCAAAGCCAUCAGCCCGAGCGAGGGCUGGACGACCGGCGGCGCCACCGUCAUCCUCAUCGGGGACAACUUCUUCGACGGCCUGCAGGUGGUCUUCGGCACGAUGCUGGUCUGGAGCGAGCUGAUCACGCCUCACGCCAUCCGAGUCCAGACCCCCCCUCGCCACAUCCCCGGGGUCGUGGAGGUCACGCUGUCCUACAAAUCCAAACAGUUCUGCAAAGGAGCGCCAGGACGCUUUGUCUACACUGCCUUGAACGAGCCCACCAUAGACUACGGCUUCCAGAGGCUACAGAAGGUCAUCCCUCGCCACCCCGGGGAUCCCGAGAGGUUACCUAAGGAGGUGCUGUUGAAGCGAGCAGCUGACCUGGUGGAGGCUCUAUACGGGAUGCCGCACAACAACCAGGAGAUCAUCCUGAAGCGGGCCGCUGACCUCACUGAGGCGCUCUACUCCGUCCCCCGCAGCCACAACCAGCUGCCCUCCCUCACUGGCUCCGCCCACUCGGGGAUGAUGGGCGUGAACUCCUUCAGCAGCCAGCUCGCCGUCAACAUCUCCGAGGCCUCGCAGGCCGACAAUGCAGGUUACUCCCGCAACUCGAACAGCGUGUCCCCCCGCGGCUACGUGCCGAGCUCCACCCCCCAACAGUCCAACUACAACACCAUCACCUCCACCAUGAACGGAUACGGGGCGGGGAUGACCAACCUGGGCGUGCCCGGAUCCCCCGGCUUCCUCAACGGCUCCACCAACUCUGCUUACGCAAUCAAACAGAAGAGCGCCUUCGCCCCCGUCGUGCGGCCACAGACCUCCCCGCCCCCCACCUGCACCACCACCAAUGGCAGCAACCUCCAGGCCAUGGCAGGUCUCAUCGUGCCCCCCAUGUGAGGAGGACUCUCAGCCAGAUACUGUCAGACCCCCUCCACCACCACAACCAACACCCCCCUAAACCCCCACCGCCAGCGGCCCCGCCCACCUGAAAUACCACCAAAAAAAACAACCCUUCCCAUUUCCCAUUGAGCCCUCCGCCGACCCAGAAUGCACCACUGCAGCAGAAGAAUAAGAAGUUUGACUCAAAAUUGGACAGCUUCUCAGAAGGAGGUCAAAGGUCAGCUGUGCUGUGAACUGUAGGGGGGAGGCGGGGCAGGUGUCUGCAGUGCAACAUGUUGUGUGAGUAUUAGUUGUGCUUGACUUCAGAAGUCUGCGGGAACUCAACAGGUCUUCGAUCAGUUUGAAGAAGGGGGCGUGUCCACCGGGAGCUUCGAUCUCAUUGGCUUACACGUCCACCCGGGGUACACGUGAUCCGCUCAGAGUUAUUUAUCACUAAUUUAUCUCUAUAUAAUAUGAAAUAACCACACAUUGUGAGAUUACGCAAUAAAUAAAACUUACACGCCCACUCUUUUGGUAUUCAAAUUUUUCGUACGAAAAAUGGCUGCCUUUAUUAUUUUUGCGUUGUCCAGGCUCAUUCUGCACAUUUUUUAAACGACAUCAUGCAGCUAAAUAAAUUAACACACAAAAGGAAAUAUUUGGUUUUGUAUUAAAUGGGUUAAAAUAUGCAAAGCAGGUGUUGUUUAAAAAUACAGUUUAAUUAAUUCUGUCCACAGAUUAUGUUUUAAACACCAGCUUUAACAAUAAUUCUUUUGGUAAAGACACCCAGUUCCAAUGUGUUUCAUUAGUCGCAUUAAAGCCAGCCGAGGUCUCCAGAACCUCCGGUCGGUGCUCUUCUUCCUCUGCGGAUCAGAAGCUCUCGGUAGACUCGAGUUUGACCAAAUCCAAUUCAAUCUCUUCCAUGAAAACUCGAAGAAUCGGACUCCUCAAAGAUCAGAAGUCACACCCUUCUAGCGUCUCCUGUUGAGUUCCAGAGCGUGUCACUAUGUUUCAUAAUGUCAAGACAGAAUUAACAAAGGUCCCGCAGAGAGAAGACAACAGCCCAACUCUUUACUUUCAUUUUUUAGAGUCUCUCUUUUAUUUCCUUGUUUUGGACGUCUCGUUCUUUUCUUUCAUUUUUUUCAAUCCAGUACAAUAGUUCUGUUUGUCGAUGGUAGAUUUUAACCAGAAAAAGCUUGCAGCCGUUUUAAUCACAUUUAAGGUACCAGGUUUUCUUGUUAUUCUCCUGAUUGUGCUUAUUUUAUAUGUAUUUAUAAAAGUAUGUUUUUGGGGAGUUCCUUUUGUGAUUUUAGGCCUGAAUGAUAGUCUCAAAUAUAUAUGUAAACACAUUUGAUGUCUUAAUACCUUUUAGAUAUUGUAAAGAGAGUGAACAAGUGAGAGGAAUCAACCCUUUUGUAAAAACAAAACUGAAAAAAGUCAAGACGUGCUCACCCUGUUUUUUGAAAGCAGGACGGAAAAAAAAAGCUUUCAUCACUUUUGUAUAAAAACGCUUUUACGAUAUAAUAUUUAACUUUUUGUAAACAGCAUCAUUUGUGUUUCCCCUGGUUCUUCUCGUCCUUUGUGUAUUAUUGUGAAAUGUAUAAUCAUGGUUAUUUCUUAAUGCACUAUUUUUUUCUUUGUUGGGGCACUUACUAAGAGAAGUGCAUCUUAGCUUAAAAAAAUGAAGGAAAAAAAAAGCUAAAAGUAAUACAAAAAAGAUCGAAAUGCACCGAUAUGUUUUUCUUUUUUUCUUCCGUUGGGAAACGGCAAAAAUCCUCGUCAUGUGAAAACUGAAUAUGUCAGAAGCUUAUAGCGUCAUAAUACUCCUCCACCCUCACGUCUGGACCGCGAACGGAAGACAAUUCCGAUCUCGAUACCAAACCCGAAAACCCCGAUCUUUGUAUUUGUGUUUUUCGGUGAGAACGACGGUACGAUUUUUAAAAAACAGAAAAGAAAAAAAAACAGGCAGCAGAUUUUAAAACUGAGAAAUCACGUUUUUUUCUUUUUGGUUCCCGAUCUGAAGGAGACGUCCGCGGACGUCAGUGUCGUUUACUUAUGCAACCGCUAGCUCGCCUUCCGCGUCGCCGUGGAGACGUUUGGAAGAAUUAACCACGAUGUUCUGCUUCACUUUGUCUGACAAAGGUUCGCUUCUGCAGACGAUACCGUGGGUGCUUUUUUAAUUUUACGAGUCUCAAGUCAAACUGUGGGAACACUUAUAUUUUUAUUUGUAUGUUUUUGCACCAGACGUUCGUCCCUCAGGUUUCCCCCCAAAAACACACAAAGUUCGCGUCAUCAGCGCCGACCUGAAAGAGGAAACGCUACGUUAGCGGUUAGCUAGGUUAGCGGUUGCCUUCCGAACAAACCUCCUGGAUUGCGUCGGAAACUACUUUAAACAUUACAUCUACGCCACGUGAUUAUGACUCAACAUCUCAACAACACUAGAGAUGACGUUACAUUUUCUUUUGUCAUUCAAAAGAUUUGGUAAUAGAAUCACACAAAUCUUCAUUUCAUAAUAAUGGGAAAACAAACAUAAAUGCAUCACUGAUUUUAUAUAUAUAUAUAUAUAUAUAUAUAUAUAUAUAUAUAUAUAUAUAUAUAUAUAUAUAUAAUGUGUAUAUAUAUAUUUAAAGUGGACAAAAAUGAGAAAAAAAUCAUAAAAUCAACCAAAAGAAAUGUGAAUUCCUCAGAAUCUCAAACUUUUACAACAAAACUAUUAAACGGCUUUGCCAUUACGUGAAAUUUCCGAGCCAAUGUUGCUUCAUUUGGAACAUCUGUGCGCCAUAAGAUCCAUCACGUGAGUGAAGGAGAAUCCCAAGUUUUGGACUUUUGACUUUAUGCAAAUCCAGACGCUUCGGCCUCUGCACAACAUCAGCUGAACAUCUGCCCAGUGUCUUUAGGAGAAGCCAUUGGUCUCAGCGACACUGAGGGAACGCAGCCGGCCUCCGUCCGCCUCCAACCUCUCCGUCCGCCUCCACCUCUCAAACCGUCUUAUUUUAUUUUUACUUUGGUCACAGUUUGUAGAAAGUUUUUGCUUCUCACCGUCCUGGUUCUCCCGGCCGAGGUCGUUAAAAACGGCAAAAGUUUUACUUUUACUCGAUGUUUUACUUCAAUGUGAAAGAGGGCAGAGGUACUGCAUCUUUGUGAAAUAUGAAAUAUAUCAUCAAAGUAUAUCAAAGCACAAUGUUUAAUUAAUGUCUUUAGAGUACAAACAGCUUUCUUUCUUUUCCGUCUCUGGCCAUGCUGUAAAUAGAUGCAUGUCUUUUUUUGUUUUUUUUCCUGUGAUCCAGUGCUUUUUGUACAGAAACAGUCUAAUAAAGAUUACAUUUGGCUUGAA